AAAUGAAAUCAUUCAUAAUUAUUUUAAUGAUAAUAAUUACAUCAUUUUUAUCAUUAUCAUACGAAUCGAUUAAUCAUUUGGAUUGUUUAUUCAAUCCAACAAAUAAUCAAAUUAAAGUUCGUUGGUCGGUCAAUUGGACAUUUAUAAUUGAUCCGAAAAAAGUUGAAAUUCAAAUAAUUGAAUAUAAUAAUACAUUAAUGUCAUUACGAUUAAUAAUGCGUCCAAUUGAUUUUUAUGGUGAAUUUCGUUGUGCUGGUCAUUAUUAUCGAAUGUUUGAAGGACAAAUACUUCAAAAAGAUAAAUUAAAAGAUUCAGAUAAUUCAAAUAAUGAUGAUGAUGAUGAAGAAAUUUUCGAUGAACAAACAUUACAAUUAACAAAAGAAGUAUCGAAUGAACCUGUAUUUGAUAAUUUAGGAAUUGUAGCAAUUAUUGCUACAAUUAUUUAUUUAAUAUUAUCAUUUUUAAUCGUUACAAUUAGUAUGGCCAUUCGUAAUGCAACAAAAGAUUAUGCUAAAUUUAUGUACAUUCGAAAAUAUGGUUCACAAAUCAAAACAUUUGCUAUGCUCGAUAUUGAUAUUGAUCGAUGGUAAAAUCAAUCAUUUUCAUUUUGUUGAGAAG